AUGAAUGCCACGAAUAGCGCAGCAGUAGUCCAUGAACAGUUCACACUUGGAGAAUAUAUAUUUUAUUUGAGUAAUGGUGCUGUUGGAUCUCUCUUUAAUUUUAUCGUGCUUUGGAUUGCUAUGAUCUAUAUUGACACUGAUGACAAGCCAAGACAAAUAAUCGUGAUAAACAUGACAUUUGCCGACCUCCUUAUGUGCCUAACCUACAUGUUAACCAGACCAUACUUGAGCUUCUUUCCAAAUAUUAUAUGUCAUCCCUAUUAUGUUACAAUAUGGACUAUUCAACUGGUCAGCUGCGUUAAUUUAGUGUGGCUGAAUAUUGACAAGCUCAUAUUCAUCCAAUUUCCCCUUCACUACUAUUCGAUUAUAAAUAGGAAAAAAAUUCUAAUACUAUGCACAGCGACAUGGAUUGUUCUCGGAUAUAUUUCUUUCACAGUCGAAUCGUAUAUGCAAGUUAUGGGUGGAUGCGAACGAGUAUCGAUAAAUCCAUACAUAUACAUGCCUAUUUGUAUACUGUAUGUUGUCGUUAUCGUUGCAUCGUUCACAAUUUCUGCUAUAAUUUACUGCAUAGCUCAUACGUCUACUAAAGCCGAAACAAGGCAAAGAACGAAACUUUUCCACCGACUGUUCUUCUUGUUCUCAAGCACCUUGUGGACAUUCUUCACGUGCCUUCCAUAUCGAAUAUUAUAUCUUAUGAAUAUGCUAUGUUCUCCAUGUCGCACUAUGCUGGUGCGUCAAAUAACGGAUAUGUUUUUCCGAAUAUUGGUUGUCGGGAUGGUCAUCAACCCGCUGAUCACUAUCUGGACCCAGCGAAUUUAUCGCAUGCGACUGUUGAAGCUACUCAAUGCCUGUCAUAUUUCCUUAGCAAACGAAGAAACCGAUUUGAGCACACGAAGACAAUCGACCAAGUGGAGUACUGUAGAAUCGGUGCCCUUGGCUACAAAUCUGUGA